CUCGCUCCCCUUCCCUUCCCCGGUGCCCCCGUCGUUUCUCUCCGCUAGCUCCAACCUCCUAUCCCGCCGGACUGGGUGUUUCAUGAGCCAAUUGCAAGAAGUUGGCUUCGAGCCAGACGGCAGCGCCUCGACAGGGGUUGGGACGGGGAGUCGAUGCUGGGUUCUGGUGCUGCCGAGGGCUGCGGGGGAAGAGAACCGGCAAGUGGACAGCAUGUCGGUGGGUGGGACGAAUGGCCCGGCUCGCUGCCGGGAGAAGGUGCUGACGCUGGACUCCAUGAACCAGCAAGUGAAGAAGGUGGAGUAUGCGGUGAGGGGGGCUAUCGUACUACGAGCCAGUGCCAUCGAGAAGGAGUUGCAACAGGGCACGAGCAAACCCUUCAGUGAGGUGAUCCGGGCCAACAUUGGUGACGCACAUGCCAUGGGGCAGAAGCCCAUCACCUUCAUCCGACAGGUGCUGGCUCUCUGCACCUACCCUCAGCUGCUGUGUGACCAUAACAUGCCUGAGGAUGCCAAGGCGAGGGCACGGAAGAUUCUGGAUGCCUGCGGCGGCCACAGCAUCGGGGCAUACACAGCCAGCCAGGGCAUCGAGGUCAUUCGGCAGAACGUGGCCAAGUACAUUGAGAAACGGGACGGGGGCAUCCCAUCGUGCCCUGACAACAUCUUCCUGGCUGCCGGGGCCAGCGAGGCCAUCGUGGUGAGUGGGGGUCGAGGCCGGGCUCUGUCUGUAUCUCCACGGUGGUGCUCAAAUGGGGAUUAGUGCAUGGUGAGUUUGUGAA